AUGAGGUGCAAGUACUUCUUGAUUCUGUGGAGAUCACUUGGAUACUCAGGAUUUCUGAAAACAUAUCAUUGUAGAAUACUUACAUCGAAGUCACUGAUUCCUUUCAUUUAUACAUCACUUGUACAGAGUCUUCAUAAAACAUUGGCUUUUUAUUUGUUCAGUCAAAGAAACAAAUUCUCUACAAUGCCAGAAAUAGACAAGAACAAAAUUGACUCUGAAUUGUAUUCUCCACCUUCUCAAGUUCGUGGAAUGACAAAACUUGAUAGAACUGCAUUCAAAAAAAUAAUUACUAUUCCAGUACUUAAAGUGAGGAAAGAAAUGGUAAAUAAAUUGGUAAGAUCCCUUAAAAAAGCAAUGCUACAGCGUCCAGGCAUAAAACGUGUGAUCGAUGAUCCAAAGGAUGAAGGAAAUAAACUUGUUAUGCUGGACCCUUAUAAGAUCAUCUCUGAUGAUUCAUUUGAAGAAUCAGAACGUCUUCUUUUAAAAGAGCUUAAUGUUAACCCCAAGAUUUCUUCCUAUAGUUUGGAGCUAACUUAUGAAAACUUUAAGACAGAAGAAAUCUUGAGAGCUGUGCUUCCUGAAGGUCAAGAUGUAACUUCAGGGUUUAGCCGAAUUGGACAUAUAGCCCAUCUAAACCUUCGAGAUCAUCAAUUACCAUUCAAACAGUUAAUUGGCCAAGUUAUAAUUGACAAAAACCAAGGCAUCACUUCAGCAGUAAAUAAGAUCAAUACUAUUGAUAAUAUUUACAGAAAUUUUCAGAUGGAAGUGCUAUGUGGAGAGGAGAACAUGAUAACCAAGGUUCGAGAAAACAACUAUGCCUAUGAAUUUGAUUUUUCAAAAGUGUACUGGAAUCCUCGUCUCAGCACAGAACAUAACCGCAUUACAGAACUUCUCAAGCCUGGAGAUGUUUUAUUUGAUGUUUUUGCUGGAGUUGGGCCCUUUGCCAUCCCAGUAGCAAAGAAAGACUGCACUGUAUUUGCCAAUGAUCUCAAUCCUGAAUCCUACAAAUGGCUAUUGCACAAUUGUAAACUAAAUAAAGUGGACCAAAAAGUAAAAGUCUUUAACAUGGAUGGGAAGGACUUCCUUCAAGGACCAGUAAGAGAAGAGUUAAUGAAGCUGGUGGAACAACCAUCAAAGGAAAGAAAACCAUUUGUGCACAUAGUUAUGAAUUUACCAGCAAUGGCUGUUGAGUUCCUCAGUAUUUUUCAGUGUCUUUUAAGUGGACAAUCCAAAAGCAGUGAACUACUUCCCAAAGUACACUGUUAUAGUUUUUCCAAAGCAGAUGAUCCUGCUAAAGAUGUUCAGCAGCGAGCUGAAACUUUGUUAGGUGUUUCUUUAAAAGGAUGCAGUUCAGUUCACCUUGUAAGGAAUGUAGCUCCUAAUAAGGAAAUGGUAUGCCUCACUUUCCAGGUCCCAGCUUCUGUGCUCUAUAAGAACCAGCCAAUGACCCAAGGGGAGCAAUUUCUGAAAGCUGAAAAUCUAGAGGGGCCUCCUUUUAAACGCCAAAGAACAGGAUAUGGAGUCAGAAGACGAGAUUAAGGCUCACUCCUACCAUAUAAUAGCUCUGUGACCUUAGGCCCACUUAAUCUAUUGGGACUUCUUUUCUUUUAAAUAAACAUGGUAAGAGCCAAAUGUACCUUAUAGGUUUGUUGUGGAGCUCAAGAAAAGUUGGUCUGCAGAGCAUACCAAAAGUCUCAGUGCAGUUGCUUUUUUUGUUUUUGUUUUU